GCACACAUGAGUAACCAAGCAGUUACUUAUGCAGAACUCCAUCACGCUAAGGGCUCCAAAAGACAGCAAGGGAAACCUAAGGACACUAAAAGCUCCAUUUCCUCACUUGAGGAGGACAUAGCCUAUGCAGAAUUAAAUCUUCAAAGGGCUUCUCAGGAUCCUCAAGGGAACGGCAAGGACUAUCAUUGCAAAGAGAAGUUCGUUGCUGGGAUCCUGGGAAUCAUCUGCCUCAUCUUGAUGUCCACCUUGGUCACAAUAGCUGUUAUUCACUCUACUGAAGGACCAGAGCAGAACAAAACGUCCCUGGAAACAACGCUCCAGAAAGCGUGUCACUGUUGUCACUGCCUGAGAGAGUGGUUUACGUAUUCCAACAGCUGCUAUUACUUUAGCCCUGAGAAAAAGUCAUGGAAUGAGAGUUGGACGUCCUGUGCGUCUAAGAAUUCUAGCCUGCUCUACUCUGAUGAUGAAGAGGACAUGAUUGAAGUCGAUCAGAAUUGUGAUGUUACCAUGCGCCUAUUUAGAGUCUUGUGUGUAACCAUGAUUAUGAUGGACCUAUUGCAGAAGUGA